AUGUCCCGGCGAUAUCAGCGGGCGCAGGGGAAGAGAGUGAUCGACCACGGGAGGGAAUUCACGCUGCUGGUCGACGUCAGCUCGGCGGCGGAGAUCGACUCCUUCGCCGACCACGGCGACGUCGGCCCCGACGAUCGGUGCUACCGGCUCAAUCUGUGGGUCGACCCGGCGGAUCAGGUUUGGACCAGCACGGUCCGGACCUGGACCAGCCCGGUCUGGAGGCAGAGGCUCGAGAUCCCCGUCGUGGUCGGGUCGCUGAACUACGACGGGACGCUGAGCGUGGAGGUGGAGCGGGACGGGUGGGCCGAGUCGGUGCCCGACCCGGGGACGUCGCGCGGGAACGCCGUCGUCGGGAGGGCGAAGGUGAGGGUGCCGAAGCUGGGGGAGGAAAAAGGCGGGAGGUUCGGGCUCGUGAGGGCCGAAAGAGGGGAGUGUAGGGCGGAAGGGUUCGUGUUCUUGAACAUGAAGUUGGUGAAGAGGCAGAAUUGGGGAGGAGGAGGAGGAAGGUAUUAUGAUUGA